AGGUAUGCCUUGGUAUAAUCUGAAAAAGGAAGGUGGGCAGUUGGGGACACGUGCCUUGUUGCAAGUGCAAAAGGCGAGCAAUUCGCGCAUGAAACGCCACCGUUUUGGUGCCACACGCACUCCUAUACAUGGGUGUCUGUUGCCUUCCUUUUGCAUCCCAAAAUCUAGAUUCUCUACGGCUGAAGAACCACUUCAAUGGGCAGAACCCAGUUCCCAAAAUCCCAAUCAGCAGCUGAAGAUGCAGAAGAGUUGAGCCAUGAGUGCAAGGAACUGCUACUUUCUCUUCCCAAAGAGAGAGGUUGGCGAACUCCUCAUAUCUAUCUCUACCAAGGCUUUUGGUGCCAACCCAAGGAGAUUCAGGCAAUCACCAAUUUCCAACACCACUUUCAAGCAAGGGACACUGAUCUCAUCCUGGCCACCAUGCCCAAAGCAGGCACAACUUGGUUAAAAGCCAUGGCUUUUGCAAUCCUCAACCGUAAGCCUAUCCCAGUCUCCACCACUCAUCCUUUACACACCUCUAAUCCUCACGACCUUGUCCCUUUCCUCGAGUACAAGCUUUAUGCCAACAACAACUUCCCUGACCUCUCCAAGCUCCCUCAGCCAAGGCUUUUUGCCACCCAUGUUCCAUUUGCAUCCUUGCCGGAGUCUAUUACCAAGUCUAAUUCUCGGGUUGUCUAUAUGUGCCGAAAUCCACUUGAUGCUUUUGCGUCUUCCUGGCACUUCCUUAUGAAAGCCAGGCCUGAAUCUCUAGGCCCCAUUUCCAUAGAAGAAGGCUUCCAAAUGUACUGCAAGGGGUCUAUGGCGUUCGGUCCUUUUUGGAAGCAUAUGCUGGGGUACUGGAAGGAGAGUAUAGAGAGACCCCAUAAGGUGUUGUUUUUGAAGUAUGAGGACACCAAAGAAGACAUCAUCUUUCAGUUGAAGAGGCUGGCAAAGUUUUUAGGAGUCCCUUUUUCUCUUGAGGAAGAGAGGAAAGGGGUGAUUGAAGAGAUAGCAAGGCUUUGUAGCUUUGAGAACUUGAAGAAUUUGGAGGUGAACCAGAGUGGCAAAUCCAUUGGAUACUUUGAAAAUAAGGACUUGUUUAGAAAAGGUGUGGUGGGAGACUGGGUGAAUCUUUUGACACCUUUGAUGGCAAAGCAGCUAGUCCAAGUGAUGGAGGAAAAAUUAGAAGGUUCUGAUCUUUCAUUCAAGGUUUUCUAGGACAAUCAAUGGCCAUGACUCUUCAUGCAUGCCUUUGUACUUCUAUUCAACAAACAAAUGUCCUGUUAUCAGUAUUUGUUAAAGGCACUGUUUUUCUGAUUCUAUA